AUGCUGUUCCGUUUCGGGGUAAUCGUGCCCGCCAGGCUGGCGGAAGGCGGCGCGGCGCUGUGUCUAUCAGGCUCCCGCCCGGAACUGGGUCACUGGGACCCCCGGCGCGCGCUGACCAUGAAGCCGGCACGGCCAUUGGCGCCUCUGCCUUCUCAAGAGCCGGCGCUGUGGCUGGCGGAGGCGGCCCUGCCCGAAGAAGAGGCCGCGCGCAAGUUCUGGUACAAGUUCCUCAGGCGGCCCGAGACGGGAGAGGCCGUCUGGGAAGGCAAUGGGCCCCACCAUGAUCGAUGCAGUGUUUAUAACCCAAGCAACUUGGUUGAUGGAGUUUACUGCCUCCCAAUAGGGCACUGGAUUGAAGUUUCUGGACAUACUGAUGAGAUGAAACAUACAACUGACUUUUAUUUUAAUAUAGCUGGACAUCAAGCUAUUCACUACUCCAGAAUUUUGCCAAAUCUAUGGCUGGGAAGUUGCCCUCGUCAAGUGGAGCAUGUGACUGUGAAGCUAAAACAUGAGUUGGGUAUUACAGCUAUAAUGAACUUCCAGACCGAAUGGGAUAUUGUUCAGAAUUCCUGGGGAUGUAACCGCUAUCCAGAACCUAUGACCCCAGAGGUUCUCAUGAAGCUGUACAAAGAAGAAGGCCUUGCUUAUGUCUGGAUGCCAACACCAGACAUGAGUACAGAAGGUAGAGUACAGAUGUUGCCUCAGGCUGUCUGUCUCCUACAUGGGCUGCUGGAGAAUGGGCACACUGUCUAUGUUCAUUGCAACGCAGGCGUCGGCAGGUCCACAGCUGCAGUUUGUGGCUGGUUAAAGUAUGUUCUGGGAUGGAAUUUGAGGAAAGUGCAGUAUUUUGUGGCUUCCAGAAGAGCAGCUGUCUACAUUGAUGAAGAGGCUCUUGUGCGCGCCGAGGAGGAUUUCUUUCAGAAAUUUGGACCUCUUCACUCUUCAUGCAAGCCUUAAUAGAAAAAGAGGAAAUCAGUAGAGGUCCUGUCAAACCCAAGCAUUUGACAAAU